AUGGAUUGUAGUUGGAUGAAAGCUGAUAUAUUAGAUUUGGUAUAUGAGAAAAGAGUUCUUGAAUUCCUUGAAUACGCUAAUCAAAAUGUUCCCAAUAAUAAUGGUAUAUUUUAUUGUCCUUGUGUUAAUUGCAAGAAUAUAAAUAAAGGUACAGAAAAUGAGAUAUUCCAUCACUUAUAUUAUGAUGGUAUAUGUCAAAAUUAUACAAUAUGGAUAUGGUAUGGUGAGGUGGAUAAAAAGCGAAACCGUGCAUCACAAAGUCACGGAGUUGAUGAAGAUGAAUAUAUGGAUGACCAUCUAGAAGAUAUAUUCUGUGAUAUUGGAGAAUCUUCUUUUAAGAAAUCUUAUAUUUAUGAUACUUUAUGUAGUGAUAAGGACACCCCUUUAUAUAAAGGAUGCACAAGUUUUACAGGAUUGUCUGCUAUUUUUAAAGUGUUUAAUCUGAAAGCUAAAAAUGGGUUGUCUGGUAAAAGUUUCACAUAA